AUGUCUAUCCCCGAUACCUCUCUCCGCGUCCUCCGUCUCCUUCCCGUGAUCACAUCAACCGCCGUAUUAAUGUUUGCAGUCGACGAGCACAUAUUCCUCGGCACCUGGAUGGCGCCUACAUAUCGGGCGCGCGCAAAUAUGCAUCUGCCCAGUUGGUUCCAGCUCUGGGGACGCCGGGGUCGCUGGGUGAUUUUGCUCGGAUAUCCGGGUACUUGUGUUCUCGGGGUGCUUAAUCUUCUGAUCGGGCGUCCGCAGCUGAAAGUAGUGGAUGCGCAGAAGUGGUAUGCGAUGGGUCUGCUGUUUAGUGUGGCGCAUGUUGCGAUUUUUGGGAAGAGAGCAUUGAAGUUGUUGGCGGAGAUUAAGGAAGAUGUUCCUGAGGGGAAUAGUACGUUUUCCAUGGCGGCUUGGUUGAGGAUGCAUGUGGUUAGGACGUGCACGACGGAUUUUCCGGCGUUGGUCUUUUUUGUUGUGGGUGCGCUGAAGGUGCUGUGA